AUGCGUUGGUCUUCUUUCUACCAGACAGCCUCAAGGGCUUUUCAUCAGUCUCCUUCCUGGUCCAAGGUUCUUGUCCUCUGCACUGUCAGUGGGGGAGGUUUAGUGGCAUAUGCUGAUGCAGGAGCAGUUCAGAGUGAGAAUGGUGGGGAUAAAUGCCGGAAGAAGAAGGUGGUGGUAGUGGGAACAGGAUGGGCUGGGACCAGUUUUGUGAAGAACUUUAAAAGCUCUUCGUUUGAUGUGGAAGUAGUUUCACCUCGUAACUAUUUUGCAUUUACACCUUUGCUUCCAAGUGUCACUAUCGGCACUGUGGAAUCAAGAAGCAUUGUUGAACCUAUUCGCAAAAUCAUCAACAAGAAGAACGUAAACAUUCAAUUCACACAAGCUGAAUGCUAUAAGAUCGAUGCCAAGAAUCGAAAAGUGUACUGUCGUUCUACUGCUCAAGACAGCGAAAAUGGCAAACAAGAGUUUUCCAUUGAUUAUGACUACCUCGUUCUAGCCAUGGGAGCCCGUUCUAACACUUUCAACACCCCAGGUGUUGAAGAGCAUACUCACUUCUUGAAGGAAGUGGAAGAUGCUCAGACAAUCCGUCGGAAAGUGAUUGAACUUUUCGAAAAGGCAAGCCUGCCAUGUGUAUCUGAAGAGGAGAAGAAGAAACUUCUGCAUUUUGUGGUAGUUGGCGGUGGUCCGACUGGUGUAGAGUUUGCUGCAGAGCUUCAUGAUCAUGUUCAUCAGGAUUUAUACAAACUAUAUCCUUCUGCCAAAGACUACCUACAGAUUACACUUUUGGAAGCAGGCGAUCAUAUUCUAAACAUGUUUGACAAGAGGAUUACUGAGUUUGCUGAAGAAAAGUUCAAAAGAGAUGGGAUCGAUGUGAAACUAGGUUCUAUGGUUAUAAAAGUGGCUGAGAACGAAAUCAAUACAAAAGAAAGAGGAACUGGUAAGGUUGCAUCUAUACCUUACGGAAUGGUGGUUUGGUCAACUGGUAUUGGUCCUCGUCCUGAAGUUGUUCAGUUUAUGAAAGAUAUUGGUCAGGGUAAUAGGCGAGCAAUUAGCACUGAUGAAUGGUUAAGAGUGGAAGGAGUUGAAAACAUCUAUGCGCUGGGAGAUUGUGCUACUGUAAAUCAACGUAGAGUUAUGGAAGAUAUAGCAGUGAUAUUUAGCAAGGCAGACAAGAACAACAUUGGGAAAUUAGAUCUGGAUCAUUUUCAAGAGGUUGUAGGAGACAUUAUUGAGAGGUACCCACAAGUGGAUAUUUACCUAAAGAAGAAGCAAAUGAGGAACAUAGUGACACUACUGAAGAACUCUCAAGAAAACGGUACUCUAGUGGACAUUGAAACAUUCAAAUCUUGUCUUUCCGAAGUAGACUCCCAAAUGAAUCUUCCUGCAACAGCUCAGGUAGCUGCUCAACAAGGUGAGUAUCUUGCAGACUGUUUCAAUCGAAUGGAAGAGUGUGAGAAAUAUCCUGAAGGACCCCUGAGGUUUAGAGGAACAGGACGUCAUCGUUUUCGUCCCUUCAGGUACAAGCAUUUCGGGCAAUUUGCUCCGUUAGGAGGAGAACAAGCAGCAGCUCAGCUUCCAGGAGACUGGGUUUCAAUCGGACACAGCACCCAGUGGCUCUGGUAUUCUGUAUAUGCAAGCAAACAAGUGAGCUGGCGUACCCGGUAUUUAGUGGUGGCAGAUUGGGGACGACGCGUCAUAUUCGGCAGGGACUCAAGUGGAAUAUAAAUGACCUCUCGCUUUUACUCACCAAAU